CUAUGCAUUUCGCCCGGCGUGCUAACGCUUCUGCCAGCUUAGGACGGAAAAUAUGUCUUCGUAACUCAAAGAAACAGAAGGAUUUAGGUUGUAGAGGCUACCGGAGACGAGAUUCGAACCUCUAGUUCCCACAGCAACCCCUCCCACCAAAACAGAACACUCUUCUUGGUCUACGAACAGAGAUAGUCUGUACCUUUUAACGUCACUUCCGCUUUCAAAGCCAUCAUUAUCGGAUGUCUGUCGAAUAAUUGCUACGACGAAAUCGUUGCAUAGUUUUCAUUGUGUUAUAUUUGAAUGCAAGGGAGCCUUAAUCAUCAACACAAACUUUAAUUAACGAGAUAAUAAUUAAAAAACAGGCAAGUGAGGAUUAUAACAUGAGUUGUCCUCCCUUACUUAGUAACAAUGCGUACGCAAUAAGUCUCCCAAAAUCAAAGAGGUGUUCGUUUCUUUUAUCCUCGGUUACCAUCUCAGCACGUUUUAUAAGAAUAUCCCUAAUUACUACUACUACUACUUUACACAGAUUGUAGCACGAUCCUUUAUGAACCAUUUCUAUAAUCCAAUGAAAUUGGCGUCAAAGAAUUUAGACCUGAUAUAAUCCUGUUGGUAUUAAUCUUCUAGAAUUAAUCUAAAAGUUCUCUUUUGAACUCAGACCAAUGGGAAAAUUUUUCUUAAUUACUUUCCGGAAACGAUUCAGGAAGAUACAUCUGCAUGCUAAUUAACCAUGGACUGCUAAUUACAGAGGAGAUUUGCAACAGCUUCAUAUAUUGUCAAACACUUCAGUUGAUGGAAAUUUAUCGGUGAUUAUAUAAGUAUUUUGUUAAGGAUUAACAGUAAAAACAAACAUCUGUAUGUUUGUGGUGAGACUAGAAUAAUUAUGGAAAAUAAAUUCUGUGAGAACAAGAUUGAAUGCAAUGCAGAUUUUCAAAGGAGUGAUUCUCCUGAUUCUGUGAUGAAAGAAACGGGGAAAACAUCGUACCAAUGUGAUAUCUGUGAGAAGACAUUUUCUCAAAAAUGUCGACUCACUGCACACAGCCGUAUUCAUACGGGAGAGAAGCCAUAUCACUGUAAUAUCUGUGGCAACUCGUUCUCUCACAAGGGCAACUUAACAUCUCACCAACGUAUUCAUAGCGGUAACAAUCUAUAUCAGUGUGAUAUCUGUGAUAAAUCAUUCUAUCAAAAGGGCCACCUUAUUAAUCACCAACGAAUUCACACAGAAGAAAAACCGUUUAACUGUGAUGUCUGCGGUAAAUCAUUCUCUCAGAAAGGUAACCUCACUACGCACAACCAUAUUCAUACAGGGGAGAAACCAUAUCAUUGUGAUAUUUGCGGUAAAUCAUUCUCUCAGAAAUACUAUUUAAUCAACCACCAACGCACUCAUACGGGAGAGAAACCAUACCGUUGUGAUACCUGUGGUAAAUCAUUCUCCCAAAGAAACAACCUAAUUGUGCACAGACGCAUUCAUACAGGGAAGAAACUGUAUCAGUGCUCGGUAUGCGGAAAAUCAAUCUCUGGGACAAGUAAUUUAACUAAACACAUACUCACUCAUACAGGAGAGAAGCCAUAUCACUGUGACAUCUGUAGUAAAUCAUUCUCUUGUGGUAACACCUUGACUAGGCACAAACGUAUUCAUACGGGAGAGAAACCAUACCUGUGAUAUCUGUGGUAAAUCCUUCUCCCAGAGAAACAAUUUGAUAGUACACAAACGCACGCAUACAGGCGAAAAGCUGUACCAAUGUUCCGUUUGCGGUAAGUCGUUCUGUCAAAAGGGCGAGUUGACUUCUCACGAACGUACUCAUACAGGUGAGAAACCAUAUCGCUGUGAUACCUGUGGGAAAUCCUUCUCGCAAAGACAUCACUUAACUACGCACAUAGGCGUCCAUACAGAAAAGUAACAAUAACAAAAUGUAAGUUGUGCUAAAUAAAGUCCUUCAUAUUCACCGA